AUGGCAUACGAGGGCACCCAAGUUGAACCGAUCCCUCGAAAGGACCUCGAAGCCACCGAAGAUACCGACGAGAUGAGAUCUCAGGGUACUAUCGCGGACCGUUUGCCUUUGGAACUUGACUGUCCGUCCUUGGGAUCCAGCGAGUGUCCCUCAAUGGCUUCUAGUUUCUCGCCGCUUGAUUCACCAACACCUACCAGCAUGUACAGCCAAACAUCGCUGACUUCGCCCGGCUGGCAUGAAGGCGGUUCAUUCUCUGUCCACCCUAAUCAACACUACGACAGGCACACUGGUUCUACGCCAAUGCGCAGCGCUUUUCGACUGGCUGACAUGACUGCGACGACCGGUGAUUCUAUGGCUAUGCCGUACGCCUUGGACACCCAGGACCGCAUGCCCAUGCCCGAGUACCUACCAGGCUAUGAUGACAAUGUUGAGCAAUUUUGGAUCCCAUCUGACAUGCCCAAGACGUACGACAACCCCCAUGGAAUGCAAUAUCCCUCUGGCAUGGCAUCCUACCCGACCAUGGCGCGCACGCACUACCGUCACGCACCGUAUCUCCCAGAAUCGGCCACCAACCCAUGCUUAUCGCGACCCAUCUUCAGCCAACCCGAAAGAAUGUCCAGCUCGAUGUCCAUGGGUAACAUGUUGCACUGGAUGCCGUCUACCGAGUCCAUGGCCCCCCAAACCAUCACACCGUCCCAGGCCUUCCCCCAAACAGCGCCUGUCACACCUCCGCCGUCGUACUCUGACUUCCCCACCUCGCUCAACGCCUUCAAGCAAACACCCACGACCUCCAUUCGCUCCUGCUCGCUGGGCACUCCAUCGGGGACAGAGACUUCGGUGAGCCGCGUAUCGGGUGGUGCAGGUGACUUUCACGAGGACUUUCCUCUGUCUCCCUACCGCGACGGGAUGUCCCGUCCAUCGCGCCAGCCAUCGCGCAAGCUCAGCAGGAAAUCAUCCAAGAACAACUUGACCCUGGAGAGCCUGCCGCCAAUCAUCAAGCAGGUUCAAUUCAAGUGCAAGGAGCCAGGAUGCAAGGGCCGGUUCAAGCGUCAGGAGCACUUGAAACGGCACAUGAAGAGCCACUCGCAGGAAAAGCCGCAUGUGUGCUGGGUUCCGGGAUGCCACCGGGCCUUCUCACGCAGUGACAACCUCAACGCUCACUACACCAAGACCCACAGCAAACGGGGCGGUCGCAACAGGUAUGUCGCGACCCUGGACGAGACCAGCCCCGACUUCGACCCUGACUUCCGGGGCCAGCUCACUCCCGACGGCCGUCCUAUUUAUGGGUCCAAGUUGGAUGACCCGAUGGACACCCGGGAGCUGAGUGUGGAUGCUUGGGACGAGUAA